GCUUCGAGUAACCGGUCAUGUGCUGUGAGCGUCUCCGUUAAAGCAUUGUUUUCGGUUACCGUUGGCUGUUAUUUUUUUUUAUCGCCCGGGUGUGCUUUUUUCGCGCGUUUUCGAACUGUUCGAGAUAUCGUAAAACGCAGUGUGAACUCGGAAUUAGUGAGAAAAGCAGAAUCAUCAAAGCCUGGCAAGGCCAGCCGGCUUUCAGUUUUCGCCGAUUUGUCGCCAUCGCAAUCGAAGUCGGACAUCGGUGCUCAGUUGCACGCACACAAUACCAGCGCGAUUCGCUGCUCACUUACAGCAGUGUGAAGGAGAGCAUCACUUCUUAGUGGUGUGUGAUAGUGCCGAGCGCUCCGAUUGAGAAGCAAGCAGCGGUUGCCAGUUCAUCAGCACUGGGGUGCAUUGUGUUAUGACAGCUUCAACAUCCGCCCGUCGCCUCAGCACUGCACCAAACUGUACCGUGGGUACCGAAAGCAAAACCUGUUGUCAAUUAAACAAAGCGAAACAGCAAAAACAACUACGAAAAACUACAAAUCACUCGGUUAGCCACUACAAUUACCAAAAAUCACCAGUGAGUAUUAAGAGAUAAAGAUGGAGAGAUGAAUAGAAGAUAAAAGCGAAAGAUAACAGAAACGCACACGGAUAGGUCAGGAAAAAUAGACAUAAACGCGGAGCGUGGCGAUGAGAUGAACAGUUUCUACUCUGGGUUUGCACGCAAACUUCAAACUAUGCAUUCGCAUUUGGUCGGCGAGGAAAAUCAAGAAAAACCACCCAAAGUGACGUUUAUGGAAAAUUUCCGAGAGUAUUGCUUAAAUACCACCAUUCACGGUUUCAAGUAUGUCGGAACUGUCGGUCUAUCUGUGUUCGAACGCACAUUUUUCGCCAUUUCGUUCCUGCUAGUUUCGAUCCUCUCGAUCUACUUCAUCAGCAGCGUGUACCAGAAGUGGCAAUCGACCCCGAUCAUCAUCGGUCUCAACCCGAUCGCGACCCACAUCCGGGACAUCCCGUUUCCAGCGGUUACGAUCUGCAACAUGAACCAAGCCAGACGAACAGCGGCGGAGAGGAUCGCCCCGAACAGUCUGGAACACGCGAUGCUCGAGAGUAUUUGCUCAUUGGAUGGCGAGUACAACGCGACCAACUACGAGGGCAAGUGGUCAAAUGUACAGAAGACUCUACUGAACGCCACCCAGCCUUGUCACAGGAUGAUCCAGGCCUGUCGAUAUGCACAAAAGGUUCAACGAUGUAUCCAUAUGUUUCAGCCUGUGUUGACCGACGAAGGGUUGUGUUGUACCUUCAACAACGUCGAUCCGGCGUAUAUGAUGCAGCAUACGGACAUCACCGCAAGACAACCGGAAGCCUCAGAAAAUCCAUUUGAACCGAUCGAGUGGACACCGGAGGGUGGGUACAAGGGGAAGCCGAGGAAUACCACGUAUCCACGAGCAAUCGCGGGGACCGGUACGAACAUGGGCCUAACCGUCAUAUUGGACGCCAACGUGAGCGAUUAUUUCUGUUCCUCGACCAGCUCGUACGGCUUCAAAUUACUCCUGCAUAACCCCACAGAGACUCCCAAGAUGGCCGAGUAUGCCCAGUACAUCCAGGUCGGCACUGAGAACCGCAUCAUCGUGAAUCCAAAAAUCAGCGAUGCGUCUUACCUAAUCCGGAAGGUAGCACAAGCUCAGCGGCAGUGCGUUUUCGCCAACGAAGCUAACUUGUCCUAUUUCCGGACGUACUCUCGGAAUAACUGUGAGAUGGAGUGCGAGGCUCGGUUGAUUCAGGAGAACUGCGGCUGCGUUCUGUACUAUAUGCCGAAGCUACGGGAGGACACCAAAAUCUGUAGCAAAGCCGAUGCCGGAUGUUACGAGGAAAUAAAAUCGUCGAUCGCUUUGACGGCGAACACCAGCCUGAUGUGCAGCUGUCUACCGGGGUGUUUUGAGAUCAGCUACUCGAUGUAUCUGACCACGGCAGAGUUGUGCAUCGGGAAGUUUAAGAUACGCGAGAAGUUGUUGACCCAAAAUGAUUCGUAUGCGAGGGCAAACAUCGCCUUAGUUUAUAUAUUUUUCUCGGAUACUUACUUCAGAAGCUUCACUAAAGGGGAAUUGGUUGGCUUCACAGACUUCCUCUCCAACAUUGGUGGACUGUUGGGGUUAUUCAUGGGAUUUUCCCUAAUAUCUUUGGCGGAAGUAUUCUACUUCAUAACAUUGAGGCCCCUUUUCGCAAAACGGAGGGAACAAAAAGAACGCUCACAUCGAGAUAAGAUGCGUAAUAGAGAAAUGAACAUAAUCUACAACAAUGUUUUUCAGAUCGUUCAGAAGCCCCAGCAAGUCUAUGGCAACGACGAUACCAGUCCCGUAAGCGACAUGCCGCGACAAGUUGAAACGUUCCUUAAUGUGCAAUUUAAGAAAAUUUCGAAAUGGAUAACGGAUGUUCUACAUUUGCGCAACGGUACGGUUGACUCGAGGAACAGAUCAACGUUCCCUUUUUACGAAUGACUAGUGUUACACCCUGCACGUGGUUUACCUUAUCAUAUAACCUUGUGAUCUCUCACCUGCUAUACUGAAGUACCUUGAUGUAGAAAUGUCAGAUACGAUUUGUAA